UCCAGGUACAAGUACCAGUUUUGAAAUCACGCCCAAUUUGCAUCUUCCUAUUGGUGGUUUGAUCUUGAACUCCUGCAGAACCAGUUGCAUUGCUUAUGAAAAUCUCCCCAGAAAGGGACCCUGAACACCUUCUUGCGUGCUUUUUACUACUUACUACCUGAUAGACCGGAAGCUAUCUUCUCUUAAGCAUCUAUAUAUGUCUCCCACCACACCCGCGCCUGCAGACCAACCAACCCACCGCAAACCCUCAACCAUCGCAUUGAUAUCUUUGCUUGCCCUUCUCCUAGCCGUAGCUAUCACCCGCUUCGCGAACUCGGGCGCAUCCACCACCAAUCCAAGCUCUCAAAGUACUACUGCCAAACCCCCAACCGCCAACCUGGAUCAUCUCCGUCGCUUCUUCAGCUCACCUGUCGCCUCCGCAGUAGGCCGAUCUACGCUUGUGUCCACCAUGUCGAAAACGCCGGUGUAUUUUUUGAGUCAUGGGGGUCCGAAUAUCAUGUACGAUCAUCAGCACCCGGCGUACCACAAGCUGGGGGAGAUCGGACGGGAGAUCACGACGAAAGUGAAGCCGCGGGCGGUGGUGGUUUUCUCGGCCCACUGGCAAGGGAAACGGGAUACGAUCCAGGUGAACACGGCGGAGAUCACGGAGUUGAUUUAUGACUUCUAUGGGUUUCCGAGCCAUUACUACAAGGAGAAAUAUCCGAACGUUGGAAGUAAGGAGAUUGCGGAGAAGGUGCUGAGUGCGCUGGGCGAGGCGGGAAUCAAGGCUGAAGGGGUGAAGAGGGGGCUGGAUCACGGCGUGUGGGCCAGUUUUAAGUGUGCCUUUGAGCCCGAGAAGAACCCGUUAAAUGUCCCUAUUGUGCAGGUCUCGCUGUUCGAUACGGAAGACCCCGUUCAGCACUACCGACUUGGCCAGGCGGUGUCGAAGCUUCGUGAGGAGAACAUCCUGAUCAUUGUCUCCGGGAUGGCCGUUCACAAUCUGCGGGACCUGCAGUUCUCCUUUGGUGACCCGCGGCCGUUGCCUUAUACCGCCAGCUUCGACGAGGCUCUUAAGGAUGCGGCCACUGCCAAGCCGGCGGAGAGGGAGCAGGCUUUGGUGGAUCUGCUGAAGCGGCCCGAUGCCCGCAAGGCGCAUCCGACCUUUGACCAUCUGCUCCCCAUUCAUAUCGGAGCUGGUGCGGCCGGGGACGACAAAGGGAGGCGCUUGUGGACCCUGAAGGAAGGAAGUAUGAGCUGGGCGCAAUAUAGAUUUGGCGAGAUCGCCAAUAAUACUAGCUCGCUGUAGUUUGUUGAUAAACCAGGUAAAUCAAUAGAUGUUCAGAUUUUUAAUAGGUUCGGUAUUUUUUUUGGGCGGUUCGCGGCGAGAAUUGGGUUUUCAGAUUCAUCUAUAGGUACAGCGCAGAGGAAGAAGGCAGAAACA